AUGUCCUUCCUCGGCAUCGGACGCCAGCAGCCCACCUCGGAGCAGAAGAUUGCCGCCGUAGAAGGCGAGAUGCGCAUGAUGGCAGACACAUACAACCGUCUUCAAAAGACUUGCCAGAAAAAGUGUAUCCCUACCGACUACCGCGAGGGCGAGCUGAACAAGGGCGAGUCGGUGUGCCUGGACCGCUGUACGGCCAAGUUCCUGGAUACGUCGAUGAAGGUCAGUGAGAUUAUGCAGCAGCAGGGCCAGGCCAUGGGCGGCGCGCCCCAGGCCGGCGGGGGCUUGUUCUAA